AUGGGCCCCGUAGUCGGCCGGUCGCCGAUGCCAUCAGCUGCGAUUUAUUAUGCGUUGAUGUGGCUGAUGAUGGCUGCUGUGGGCGAAUGUGAUCAGCAGAGCAGCUUCGCCAAGUAUUGGAGUCAUUUGAUUUCAACGCCAUCUGGUGACGGCAUCCUGUUGUCGCCGGGGUUGAAUAAUGAGGUCCGGGCCGAUUUCGGCAAUCGUGUCGUGCGCCAUCAUGAGGUGGAAGAUGAAGAAUUCCAUCUUCAUGAACACAUGGACCCUUGCGUAGCUGGUCCUUGUGAACAUGGAGUGUGCAGAAAGUCUGUGGACAGCUCAAAUGGUUAUGAGUGCUUUUGCGAAGAUGGUUACACGGGAUACAAUUGCCAGACUGAUUGGAAUGAGUGCUGGAACGAGCCUUGCCUACAUGGAGCAACUUGCUUUGAUGCUAUUGCUUAUCCGAAUUGCACCUGCACCGAAGGAUUCACUGGUGAGGAAAUUCUCGGUGCUUUCUUUUCAAAGCGAAUGUUUUGCGAGCACGAAAUUUUGGCGUGCGAUUCGUCUCCAUGUCUGAAUAACGGCACGUGUUGGAGCAUGGGAUUGACGAAUUACACGUGCGAAUGUCUUCCUGGAUACGAAGGUUAUUCGUGUGAGAUCGAUGUAAACGUAUGCAACGUUACCCUGUGUCACAAUGGUGGAAACUGUACCGAAAAAGCUGGGGAGGAUUUUUUCUGCUUUUGUUUCUCUGAGUCCUUCUGUGGUUGGACUGGGAAAACUUGCGAGGUCAACAUCGAUGAUUGCCAUCCAAAUCCGUGUCAUUUUGGCGGGGUUUGCCACGACCUGGUCGACGACUAUUACUGCACGUGUCCGGAAAUGCUGACGGGAAAGUCGUGCGAGUUCAACAUGACGUUGUGCCAAAACAAAACGUGCUUGAAUGGAGGAAUGUGCUUAUUUGACGAUCUGCGAGGAGAGGAGAUCUGUUUUUGCCAACCAGACUUCCACGGGUCCGAUUGUGGCGAGCAGUACGACGAAUGCCAACUUGGACACAAGUGCAUAAAUGAUGGACUUUGCGUUGAUCUUGUGGAUGGGUAUCACUGCCUGUGCCCUGCAGAUUUCACCGGAGAAUUUUGCGAAUGCCGGAUUGGCACAGACCCUGAAUGCCCCUUCACCGAAACUACAACUUCGAUGAUGAUGACUUCUACUAUCGCAUCUUCCAUCUUCGAGCUUACUACGGAGUAUUCGUUCAAUCGCUCAACCGAGUCUUUUCCAAUUAGUGAUACGACAUCUGAAACUUUGGCAAUAACUGACGAGUUUUCCGACGUUAGCAAAGAUGUCGCUCGAAGUUCGACUUCGGAUUCUUUCGUCUCGUUGUUGAGCACCAUCACUGAAACCCCCGAACUGCCAAUUUCUACAGAAAAAACUGAAAUUGAUUCUUCUGGAAAAACGACUUCCUUGGAAAAGUUUCCAGAAACUUCAUCUUCCUCUUUUACGUGGUUUUCUACGAGUGGAACAGAAACGACUGACUUUGAUGCGACUUCCGUGUUUUCUGAAAGUCGCACUACGUUGGAUAAAAUCACCAGUGAAAAGCAUUUAGUCACUGAUGAUUAUGUGAGUGAAAUGACUGAGGGAAUAAGAAGUACCACCGCGGACAAUAAGUUUGAAGUUACCUCACCUGGAAGUACCACUGUUACCACCACUGAAGUCACCACUGCUGGUACAACAAUAACUGACACUACCACAGCUACCAUCAGGGAUGAUUCUGAUUCUACAACAGCAGGAAUCCUGACCACAAGCACUGAAGGUUCAACUACUGGAACCACUGCUGUUGCCAUUAUUACCACAAUAGGUGACACUACUACUACUGAGGUUGACUCCAUUACCAGCACCAGCACUGAAGACACACCCUUCAAAACUACAAUUCUUCCUACCACUACUACUGAGGUCACUGAUGCUACAACUACUGAAGUUAUUGUUGAAACUACCACUGAAGUCAUUGAAUCAACCACAAAUACCACAAAUGCCACCACCAUAGCAAGUGCUUAUCUUACUGAUGACCCCACAGGAAGUUCUGCUGCAACAACUGUACUGCUUACAACUAUUCAUGAGACAGUCACUGCUACUGUUGAUAGUGGCCGCACCACAUCAGCUACCUCUUUUGAGUUCAGCACAACAACAGAGCAUGUCUUCAUACAUUCCACACAAUCAACAAGUGAAGAAAUGACAAGGGAAACUGUUACUGAAGAAGUCACAGGCAUGAGUCAAGUUACAACAGAAGUGGAAACUGUGUCAGAUGUUGCAGUAACUUCUGUUACAAAAUUCACACAAGUACCAUCAGUGACACCCACAGAGGAAUUCAAGGCAAAUGAAACAACUUUGACUGAGCUGCUGGGAAGUGAUACAACCACAAGAGCAUCUAAUUUCAUCCAAACAACUCCAGAUACAAUUUCUUCAGCAUUGCCAAGUUCUACUGAAGCAUUCACAACCGACUUGACAACCACAUCAAAAAUCGAGGCAGGCUGUCCAAAAACUUGGUGCAUGAAUGGAGGGGUUUGUGCGUUUGCUGCUGAGGAUUCAAUGGAAGAUUUCAAGUGCAAGUGCAAACUUGGAUUCCUCGGGACGUACUGUCAGCACAAAAUCAAUGCAACUGUCCCAGCUUUCAAAGAAGAUUCGCUGCUCAAAUUCAACGUUGGGAGUAGCAUUGGAGGAACUCAGGAUGUUGAGAUAUUUCUUGGAGUUCACGUCAGAUCCAGAGAAGGCAAAAUUCUGGAAGCUGGCGACGAAACGUCUUCCAUAUUGAAUCUUUAUUUGCGCGAUGGAAAGAUUUCCUUGGAAUUCGCCUGCGCUUCAAACAUGGCCGGGGUGCUGAAAGAUAAUCGGGAAAUUUCAGAUACUUACCUCGAAAUUUGGAUCAGGUUGGAAUUGCAUCCUAUGAACAAGGCAGAUAAAGGACUAUGCAAAGCAAGUUUACGAGUGAACGAAACUCAGCCAGCUUCUACAAUUCAACAGCGCUCCAACAUGACUGACAGGAAGUUGACGCAUGUUAUUAUGGGACAAGGAUUUAUUGGAUGUCUGGCAAGUUUGCAGGUGAACAACCAAGAAAUAAUGCUGUCUAGUGAAGCUGUGGAUGGGGCAGGAAUUGAAGAAUGUGGACAAGGAGAAACCCCAGAUCUUCUCAUGAGCUGUCCAUUCAAUCCUUGUCUGAAUGGUGGAACCUGUGUUCGUUUGUCUUUUGAUUCCUGGAACUGUGUAUGCAUGAAAGGGUUUGAGGGAGAUUUGUGCGAAAGGCGAACCUGUUUGGAAAGCCCCUGCGGCAAAAAUUCUUCCUGCCUUGAAGUUGUGCUUGGAGCAGUUACUGAGCCGUUUUUCUACGGAACAUUCAACGGAUAUUCCUCCUACUUGGCCUAUCUGACACCUCCAGCACUGGAAAGGCGAAUGGAACUCAGGUUUCACUUUGCCACUGAGAAUUUGAGGCAACGAUCUAUUUUGUUCUACGUUGGACAGCAGUUCCCCAGGAGGGCCAUCCCGCAUUUCGAUUUCCUUUCUGUGGGACUGCGGAAUGGGUACCUGGUUAUUUUCUGGAACUUGGGCUUGGGGAUUUCCGAGGUCAUUUCGCCGAGUCCACUCGACCCAAACUUGGCCUUGCAUACACUGAAAGUCACACGAAUCGGAAAUGUGGCCUGGGUCAAGGUCGACACCCAGCCCACUGUUGGAGGAAUUUCUCCUCCAUUUUUGGAAGAUUUGAAUGUGCAUUCUUUGCUGUAUGUUGGUGGACACUGGUCCUACAAUCAUUCGAUGUUGCCCGAGAUUCUGCAGAGUUACUCUGGGUUCAGAGGCUGCAUUUUGGAUCUCCAACUGAGACCCUCUGACCAGAGCAUUUUUCUUGGACCCGUGAGAACCCUUGGUGGGCGAAACGUGGCCCAGUGUUCCAGAGACGCUCAUUCCAGGAGGCCUUGUCCUUAUUGUCAAAAUGGAGGAACUUGUCAGUUCAUUGGCUCAUCUGUAAAAUGCAUUUGCCGCCGAAAUUUCCGAGGCAUGCAGUGCGAAAAGACCCUGAAUCCCACUGGAACAUCGUCAAAUGCCGUAGCGAUUUUGAAUUGA